UCUACAUACGGUGUCAUUCGUUCCUGCAUCUACUCGAUUCAUUCACUCUAUCAAGAUGCGGUCUUCUAUUCUUCUUGCUGCCGCCGCUGCGGCUCCUCUCGCUCAAGGCAUCCGCAUCGUCCAGUCCAACGAUGAUGGUUGGUCAGAGAUCAACCUGAGGACUUUCUUCGAUGUUCUGAACACAGCUGGUCACCAAGUCGUACUUUCAGGCCCUGCAGAGAACCAAUCGGGAACUGGAUCGAAUGACGCCAACCCAACGACCGUCGAUGCUGAUGGCUGCAUUCACGCCUCGUGCCCUGGUGGAAGCCCAGCCGUUGGUGCCAAUGCUACUGACCCUCGUUUGAACUACGUCAACUCGUUCCCCGUAACUUCCAUCAAGUACGGUAUCAACCAAGUUGCACCCAAGCUCUGGAACGGAGCCAAACCCGAGCUUGCCCUUACCGGACCCAACGUCGGCGGCAACGUCGCGAUUCAGUCGCCCUUCUCCGGAACUAUUGGAGCCGCUACCUACGCUGCGAAGACUGAGAAGAUCCCUGCUAUUGCGUUUUCCGGCCAGACUGGCGACCCAACCGCAUGGAACGCACCCACUCCUCUGCACAGCAAAGUCUACGCUGACCUCGCACUGAACGUUACCACCGCCAUCAUUAACAGUGGAAAGCCCUACCUGCCCGACAACACCUUCCUCAACGUCAACUUCCCCAAGGUUGAGGACGGCAGGUGCAGCAACCCCAGCCAGUUCAAGUACAUUCUCACACGCAUCAACACUGGUGUCUUCAGUACCAAGGACGCGGACUGGUGCGGCAGCACGCGUCUGCCGUGGGAGGCGGAUGUUAUCUUGCUCAGAGGAAAGGACUGCUAUGUUACCAUCAGCCCGGGAGAUGCAAACGAUAAGACGACGGUCAAUGAUGCGGCAGUUCAGCAGCAGAUUAUUGAGAAGUUGAAGCCGAUUCUGUCGUGUCUUCCGUAGAUGAGCAUCGCAGGUAAAUAGGAUUUUUACGACAAUUGUAUAAGACAUGAUCCUGUUCAAGUUCUGUUCCAAGAUCACAAUUUAAGAGGAAACAUCACAAGACAUGUCGUUGCAGUCAAGUAUAGGCACAAUUCACACGUGGUGGUCUGUGCACCGCAAGUGAACGGAUAAUGACGGCAUCGCUUUGAUCUCAA